GCAUAUUUGUUUAUCGUAUGCUAGAAUUCUUAUCUGCAAUCGUAAAUGAGCAACAAUUAACUAUAAAUUUUAAUUGCGAUUCAGUUAAAGUUACGAUUCUUUGUUUAUACGGUCAUAUUGUAAAAGUACUAACAGUAUUAUUUAGAAAAAGUAAUGAAUAUUUUCUUCUUACUACUUCUGUUAACUGCACUGAGCUUGGGCUCUGCCAAAGAGGAUGCUAAGCCUACGGUGAAGAUUGGCAUUAAAAAGAGGGUCGAAAAUUGUGAAGUAAAGGCGCGCAAAGGUGACACGAUUCAUGUUCAUUACAGAGGUACCCUGCUUGACGGCUCCGAAUUCGACAGCAGUUAUGAACGCCAAAAAGCAUUUACGUUGAAGCUUGGUUUGGGACAAGUGAUUAAGGGAUGGGAGCAAGGGUUAUUAGGCAUGUGCGAGGGUGAAAAACGUCGUUUAGUUAUACCUCCAGAACUGGGCUACGGCAAAGCAGGCGCUGGCGAUAAAAUACCACCAGAUUCAACACUUAUUUUUGAGGUAGAAUUAGAAAAGAUCGAAAGACCAAAACAAGAUUUAUAAAUAAAUGUAAUUUUUACACUUCAA